UUUGACAGGAGAAUCGAGGGUUUUUCCCGCCGCGGUGACUUUGAGAGAUGCCAUCUUCAAGUGCGCUGAAGACUGCCGAUGAACAAGCGAUUUCCGGUGAAUGUGCAGCUGUGUUAGUGGUUGGAGAAACAGUAACUAUUAGCCGUUUGCAGUUUUCCACCCGGUUACCGUCGACUGUAACUGCAGACGUUCCAUGCUGGUAAUGUUGGAGGCACGAGAUUCGCACAUCGUUUUGUUGACAUAUUGAAAUAAAUCAACAUAGUUAUUCUGUUCCUUCUCUGUCAAGACUAUAUAUUCAUUCAAACUGCCUGAGCUUUACAUAUAAAUAAUUCGGUAUCAAAGAGCUGCACCACAAUGAAGAUAAAACGGCAGAAACAUGCGAAGAAAACCAUCAGCUUUUACAAGUAUAACUUUUGUUUUCGACAACCUUUCCAAAUAUUAAUUGAUGGGACAUUUUGUCAAGCGGCGUUGAAGAAUAAGAUUCAAAUCAAAGAGCAGUUGCCUAAAUAUCUCAUGGGAGAAAUUCACCUUUGUACCACAAACUGCGCACUUAAGGAACUCGAGACUCUUCCAAAGGAACUGUAUGGAGCAAAACUCAUUUUACAGAGAUUCCAGGUUAGGCAAUGCAAACACAAAGAUCCUGUACCUGCAUCACAAUGCUUGUUGUCAAUGCUUGGGGAAGCAAAUCCUCACCACUACUUCGUUGCAACACAGGAUCAAGAGCUGACUACAGCCCUGAAGAAGAUCCCUGGGGUUCCUCUGCUCUAUAUUAUCCUGAACACCAUGGUGUUGGACAAGCCCUCUGAAUGUACACUGAAGUACGUAGAAGCUGUUCAGCUGGGUGAGAUGGUGAGCACAUCACAACAGAAGAGCAUCCAGAGUCUGAAAGAGCAGCAGGGCCUUGGCAAAGAUGGUGAGGAGAGGAGAGGCAAGAAGCGCAAGAGGAAGUCUGGGAACCCAAACCCCCUUAGCUGCUUGAAGAAGAAGAAAACAAUGCCUCAACAGCCCAAAAAGACAGAUAGAGAGAAAAAGAAGCGGAAUAGACACAGGAAGAAAAAGCCUGCUGGGGGAGAGGGAGCACCUGUGAACUUAAACCAGUCAAAUCCCACAACCGCCUAGAGUUAAAUCCUACUGUGUUGUUGUCUAGAAUAAUUUUACUGUAUAGACUCACCUCUUCUUUGUUAAUGGAAGUGCAUCAGCAAGCCACUUGUUUUCUCUAAUAAACAAGUUUUAUUUCUUCAUUAAAUAAGUCUAUUUGUUUCUUGAGUUAUAGCUAAAGUAUGUAACUUUUUCAGUGUUAAAAUACUUUAUUCUAUCCCAGCUUAAAGCUGCACUAUGUAAGAUUUUUUGGUUAAAAAUGAACAAAUUGCCAUUAUUGAUAGAGUACAUAACCAGUGUUCACGACAAUAUUCUUACCCUCCCCCGAUUCAUUACUGUAAGCCUAUAAAAAUUAUUUGUAUUUUGAGAUGUUUGGUCCGAUUUGGCACGAAAUCGCUGGCUUAUGACAUACAUCCUUGCAUCAUGUCAUGUCCGUGAACAUAGGAAAGAAGAACCGGCUGUCUUGUUCCCAUGUAAAGAGUAGAUGGUGGACUGUUUUAGUUUGCGAGUAGCCGUUAAAAAGAAGAAAGAAACUACAGUUCAGUUCAGUCACACUCACACUGGACGUAUGGAGUCAUUUUUAUAUCACCAGAACUUGAAUUUGAAAAAGCCUCCUCUUGAAAAAAGACUG